AUGAACGAGCCCAGCAUGCCACAAACGUGCGCUGCUACAUGGCAGUUAGAUGACGAUGCUGCCGGGCGUCUAUCCGAGCUAGAGGUCUGUUCUUGGGAGGAGGGCUUUGAAGUCAUCGAAGACUUUUACGGUCCGUCAUCCACAAGUGUGACUGAAGAGCAGAACGCCAUCAUCACAGACACAAGCUAUAUUGGCGAAUCGUUGAGUAUUGCACAGCCAUUGGAAGAAUGUUCCACCGCUGGCAUCGCGACGGAGCAAGAACUUGCUAGCGAAGAGGCAACGAAGUGUCAAGUUCACGCCGCGGAACAACAUACCCCUCACGGUGUAGAUCUAGAGCAUUCCUCAGAUCUCAGCACCUCUAAUCGCCAGGCGAGCGGCCUCUGUGAAGCCCUGGUCACAGAACCGGUCUCGGAUGUGCUGGAAACACAGGCUAGUACACCAACCACGCGGGAAGUGCAGGUCGCGCCAGCAGAGGAACGCGAGCUCACAGCCCCCGCCCCUUGGAGCAUCGAUAUUUUCGAUAUCAUAGAUUUUUCACCUGAGAAACCGCUACCUGUUGCCCAUUUACCACGCGAACCAGACGCAGAGGGCAGUGAUGGAUACGUCCAAGGUUCCAGCGCGGUCGGUCCACCGACACCAGCACUGACCCAUUCCGACAUCCACCUACCUUCUGCGAAGUCUUGCGUUGGCACGGAAGGCAUCGCGUCCAAUGGAGAUCUGGCUCCCUUCGCCGUCCACGAGCACACCUACGCGACUCCCGCUAGCGAUUCCGAGUUUGGAGACUUUGUCAACCUUACCAGCCCCGCCAAACCUGCUGAUGCUGCCAUCGAGUCGGCUGCAGACUUCACAGCAAAGGCAGCUGAUGACAAAAACUGCCUUGCGUCACCAUCUCAACCUGCCAGCCUGCCAGAUGAGAGGGCAGUCUCCGACACCGGCAUGUCCCUCGAUAUCAGAAAUAGCGGUAAUGGUCACCUUGAGACAGCUCUUACCGCGAGUGAAGAGAUGCAUGAGGGUCUCGGCGAGCCUAGCCUGGAAAUACCUUGCAGGCAGAUCACCGAGUCGCCGCCUACCAUUCUUGAGGAUCAAUCCGUGUCCCCAACAAUCACCCAAGACGCCAUGAGGGAGAAUGCAGAAACAGAAACACCAAUCACAUUUCUUGACCAUAAGCUUGGGGAAUUUCACCGCGAAAUCGUAGAGUACGCGUCACGAUGCGGUCUUGAUGCUCACGAUCAAGCGUUAUCACACGAUGAGUCCACGCCGUGCGACGAUCGUCCUGGGCCAGUCACCGGUGAUGCACCGCAACACAGUCUCAUUGUACCCCUGGUAGCAAUACCCGAUAGGAUGUCCACCGACUCAAUCAUACCGACAUACGGUACACCUAGCAUGGCACCUGACCAGUGUAACACCGCCGGCUAUGGAGAUUUUCAGAUGCCAAAGCAACAGUUUCAGGUGCGAGACAUCGUGAUGAACGACGUGGACAGCGAUUUCUGCCCCUCGGAAAGUAGCAGCCAACCUGGUUUAUCACCAAACAUCGGCCCCGCUGAGCCAUCGUCAGAUGUGGGUCAAUUUGCAUCAACGCUACUGUCAACGAUGUCAUUGUACAAGAGAGAUCUGUUGCCGUCAACGCCUCACGAAGUGCUAAAGCGGCCGUUAGACAGUGCGGAGUCCGAUAAAUGCGAAGAGCCAGAUUCAAAGCGACAAAGGAUCGAUUCAAGCAUUGAUACCGAGGUGAUUGAGGCCCCCACGUUCGAGGAGUCCAAGGACCUCUUCAUCAAAGAGGAUGCUUCCAUCUCUGCUGCGAAAUACGAGAUGGAGAGCGAACCAACACUGGAGUCUGUCACCAUCGGACACAAUCCCCUUGGAGAGCAGGAAGACGUCAACGGAAAAGAAGACGCCCCCACCCAUGGUGCACGAGUUGAGCCUGAGAACGAUCUCAUUGUUGAGCCAGAGGCGAUUGAGGCCGCUACCGUUGAUGAGCUGGAAGACGUUGACAUGGAGGACGCUCCUCCCAUUCCUACUACACAGCUUGAGACUGCCAACAGUCCGCUCAUCGAGCCUGAGGCAAUUGGAGCUGCCCACCUUGACGAUAUAGCGGGUGACCACACAAGCUUGCAUACCGAAGACGCUCCGGUCUCUGCUGUCUAUUUGGAGGCUGAGAGUCUUCAAGUGGCAAACGUAGCCUCUCCCUCUGAUAAGUUGGAAGGCAUUCAUACCGAGGCGAGCGUUCCCGUCUCUGCUGCACAGCUUGAGAUUAGUAUCGAUGCUACUGUCGAGCCUGUGGUAGCUGAAGCUGCUCCCAUUCCAGAAGUGGCGGAUAGCACGAGCCUGUCUGACGAAGAUCCCUCAGCCUCUGCUACGAAGAAUGAGAUGGAAAGCGAUGCUACCGCUGGGCCUAUGGAGAGUAAGGCUGCUCUGCUUGACGAUGUGGCUGGUGUCAAAGAAGGCACUCUCGUCGCUGCUGCGCGCCGUAAGGUUGAUAACGCUCUAAUGCUUGAGUCUCAGGACAUCAAGGCCACCUCCUUCGACGAGGCGGUUGGAGACCACAUGAGCGAUCGUGACGAGAUUGUCCCAGUCGCUGCGACACAGCCCGAGAUCGAGAGCACUGAAACAGUGCAGCCCAAGAAAACGGAGGCUACUCCCGUCGACGAGGCAGUGGAUGUUCACAUGAGCGACUGCGAUGAACAUGUCCUAGUCUCCGCUACACAACGCGCGAUCAAAUCGGAAGGCAAGGACCAGGUCACAUCCGACGGUACAGUGAUACCUGCUGCUCGCGCGGCCGAAUCAGCAGCUCGACCCGUGCCACAAGCAGAUAACGUCGUCGAGGUCGUACAAGAAGCAAGCCAGGUCUCGAGCACAGCAGAGCCAGAGACCCAUCCAUCAGCCUUGCGCUCGCAAAAUCUGCCAAAGCCGUUUGGCGGGCCGUAUAUGCAGAUUACCGAUGUUGAGAUGCAAGAGCUGAUCACCACCGCAUCGGUGUCACCAACACCGCCGCCCCCUGCAGCUCCGCCUCGCGGACCUAGGUUGAGAUUCAAGCCCUUGACGCCACCGACGCCUUUGGAUGAAGCUGAAGCCGAGGACGAGUCUGAAUCUGAGGAAGAGUUUGAGUCUGAGGGAGGGUCUGAAUCUGGGGAAGAGUCUGAAUCCGAGGAAGUCGAGGAUGCAAUCACAGAAGAGCAUGUAGCCACGGAAGACGAGCUUACGGAUGCGGAAGAGGAGCAUGCAGACACAGACGACAAGCCACGACCCGUCAAACACGAGCCUGACCUCAAAAAAGCCAAGCUGCAAGACGAGCCGACCUCCACAGAAGCAGAGCCUGGCUCCACAGACGUCGAGCCCGACAACGAAGACCGCGACUCCACCACCUCAUCCUCCCUCAGCCCAGCCCCCUCGCUCUCGCUCACCACCGCCUCACCGCCCCCCACACCCCAGGCGCCCGAGCCAGCAGCACCCGCACCCCCCGCCGACGCGCCCUUCCGCCACGAAGCAGAAUUCCACUACGAGCGCCGCGCCACGCGCUCCGAGACGCGCUCGUCGGGCUCCAGCGCACCGGCCGCGACGCACGUAAACCAGAUCGACGCACCCGCACCGCCGGCUGUCAAGGAAGAAGACGUUGCUGGAGGGGAGGAGAGGCAGUCUGGGCGCCCGCCAGUGAAGAAGAAUCGUGUGGCUGCGGCCAGGGCUAGUGCGGCGCGGGCGCGGGCUGCGAAGGUGGCGAUGAAGAAGGCGGGGCCGCAGACGCUGUCGGUGUCGAAGGCGUCGAAGGCGUCGAAGGCGGCGAAGUCGCUGAAGCCGUCGACGAAGACGCCGGCCCUCCCAGCAUCCAACGUGGCAACCCGGACGCGCGCGCGGACCGCGACGCCCUCGGCUCCUGCAUCUGCGUCUGUAUCUACACCCGCCGCUGUCCCUGCGCCCCAGCCCCCGACCUCGAAGACCGCGCGCAAGACUCCGCUCACGGCCACACACACCCGCACGCGGCGCCACACGCCUGCGCAGAAUGGUGUCCCUCCCACCCCAGCCCAGCCAGCGACACAGACUCCAGGAUCUCAGACCCCGGGAUCUCAGGCCCCGGGAUCCCAGCCCGCAACAGCACAGUCCGCUCCCUCGCAGGUGCUGGGCAAGCGCAAGACGCGCCGGGUGUCGGCGCUGGAGGAGCAGAUGCGGGUUGUGGAUGAGCGGGAGGGGCGAUUGAGGAGGAGGGCGGGGGGUAAGUGA